AUGAGCAGGGGGGUAUACAGCAGACUGCGGGGGGAGAGCGAAGAGGAAGACGCACACUAUGGGAGGAAGAAGCAUGCUCUCUGCUUCAGGCCAGGAGAAAGUGGCGUAAUCAUGAGGGACGUCUACGACGGCAAACCGCCGCCGGCAGGCGGAGCAGAGUGGCGCCUGAUGGCGGCGGAGACGCGAUCUUCCUCGGCAGAGAAAGUCCGGCGGCGGAACCAGCCGUCCUCGUCAGGCCCGCAGGAAGAUCCGCGCUCGCCUUCGCAGUCUCCGUCCGUUUCGCCCUCGUCAUCACUUGCCCUGGACAAGGGCUGGCGGUUGGAAAAAGUGCUUUUGAAGGAGGACGAGGCUGAUACUGCAGUCCACACGGGGUUCUCCCCCAAUGUCCUGUUGCCUGCUCCCUCUUCCCCAAGCCCUGCAGGCGCCGUCUCUGGAGACCUCACGCGGCCGGUUUUCGUCGCGCCUCCCCCGGCGCGGACCACCGGAGGGACGAGAAUCUCCGAAGUCAUGAUUCCUCUGCCGCCUGGCGGCGACAUGCCGAUCAUCGGAAGCGACGACUCGCUGGACGACUGCCACGAGUGGGGCGUGGAAGGCGAGACGGCGAAGGACGAUGACGAGCAUGAGUCGGCCGAGGAGGAUGAGGGCGACGAGACUGUCGUGUUUUGGAGGCGCAUGCCUGCGGGCGACCGCCUCCGCUGGGCUGCUGGCCGCGUCUUUCGUAUCGACACACACAGCGUUCUCGCGCUCCCCAUAUUCUUCUUUAUCGUCUCGAUCUUGGUCGUCGAAGUCUUCUUCUACAUCUGUGUCCGUCUCCUGAUUGUGCUCACAGAAGCGGUAUUUUUCUAUCUCGCGUCACUGGCGUACUGGUUCCGCUCGGUCUUCCUGCGACGCCUCUUCGCGGCAGGAACGCCCGCCGGCAAGGAAGUCAACAAGGCGGCAGCCGAGGCCGCUCAACGGGCCGCAGUCGUCGCCGAGAGCGCCGCGCUCGAGUUCACUGGCCUGGGCGUUGGAGCCUCAGAGGCGUCUGCCGCUGCAGCGCUCCGCGUUGCCCCCGGCGGCGGUGCCAGAGCCCUCUUCGGAGCCCCGGCAUCCAGCGGGAUCGCGCGCGGGUCUCCGAGAGGCGAGGACGAACUGGCGGAAAUGCGUCCUCGGAGUACUGCUGCUCAGUUUUUCCGCCUCGCGUCCGCGCCCUUCACGCUUCCUUUCCAGGCUGGGUGGGAGGCCUGUCAGCGAUGUCGCCGCCGCUCACGGAAACUGUGGCGCGGCGCAGAUCGUGCGUCCUCCAGCAACGGCCCUGAGUUCGCCUCGAGCGGAACCCCCCACAGCGCCGGCGUCGCCCACGCUGAGGAAGACAGCGGGGUCAGCGGAAAGAGUGCGAGGGGAGAGGGCGAGUGGGGAGGCUCCACCCACACUGGCAGCGGCAGCCAGGAGGGCGGUCACAACACACCGGCUGCAGGCGACGUGUGCAGCCGCGGCCGGGCGCAGGAGAAGGGAGCGGGGGUGGCGGAGGCGUUGGGCUCGGAUCGCCGGCGGAGACUCUCCGAUGACGACGGAGACACGCCUGGCUUUCAGCGACAGUGGAGCCUCGCGCCCGAGGCAGCAGAGGACCAAAGCGGGGAGAGUUUGAUGUCGCAUCGCACGAAGCUGUUCAAGUCAAAAACGUAUCAAGAGUAUGCACGUCUCGCGAUCACCAUGGAUAAAAUCACAGGAAGAGAAAAGUGGAAACACGAACUCGAGACCUCGAUGUACGACUACGAAACCGUGGCAAAGAGGCUCCAGAUUCUGCGGAAGGCCCGGCAGUCAGGCAAGCUUGCGGCGCUGCAGGAAGCUCUGCGAGGAAGUCUGCGCGACCAAAUGUUCGGCGUGUUCAAGGAGCGGCUGUAUAGCCGAACAUACCUGGGCACGAAAGUGCAGGCCGAGGAGUUUAUUGACGAAGUUUGUCUCUGCCUGAAAGAGUUGAAGCGCCACUCGCAUCGCCGCCCGGAAGAAGUCCGCCGUAUCUUCCACCAGCUGCAGACCUCGUGGGGCGUUACGGGUCUCAUCCUCAGCGGCGGCGCCUCUCUCGGGCUGCACCACUUUGGCGUCUUGGAGGUUCUCCUCAAGGCGCGGGCGGAAGGCCGCUGCCUGCUACCGAGAGUUGUUGGCGGCUGUAGCGCAGGCGCGGUCGUCGCGGCGUGGCUCUGCACGCGGACAGACGACGAACUUCUUCAGCAGGGCACCGUGGAGUAUCUCGUCGAGCACUGGAAGGCUCUCUCGCCGAACUCGUGGCUUCUGCGUCUCUGGAAUGUUUUGACAAAGGGAUACAUGUGCGACAUCGACGUGUGGAAGGCCUCCGCGAAGAAACUUUUUGGCGACUUGACCUUUCUUGAGGCGUACCAACGCACAGGCCGCGUCCUGAAUAUCUCCAUGACCCGCGCCGACAGAGAAGAGUCGGGAGUGCAAGUCAUGAACUAUGUGAACGCACCGAACGUCCUCAUCUGGUCCGCGCUUCUCUGCUCAUGCGCCUUUCCCUUCUUGAGUCUUCCUCUUCCCCUCCGCGAAAAGAGCCCGAAAGGCAAGGCUGUCAUCUCGAAGGUGUUUGGAUGCAGCUACUUCCACGAUGGGUCGCUGAGCGGAGACAUUCCUACGGAGCAAAUGCGCGAGGCUUGGGCGGUCAGCUACUCAAUUGUCUCACAGGUCAAUCUCCAUGUCUUCCCUUUCGCGGGGCUCCGCACGCAUGGCGAAGCUGGCAUUCCGGUGCAUUGGCGCGGACGGAGUAGCAGGUGGCGGGCGGGCUUUCUUCUGUCUGCGCUCGAACUGUUCUUCAAGGAGCAUAUUCGGUUCUUGCUUCGUCUGAUCGCUCUACUGGACGUGUCCCCAACCCUGCGGGGGAUCAAUGCUGGAAGCUUGGCGCUGCAGUCCUACACGGGCGACGUGACGCUGCACCCACGGUAUAUCUCCGCGCGGUACUGGCGCCUCCUGAACGAUACGUCGCCGUCUGACAUUUCUUGGUACUUGCAAGAGGGCCGCCUGAUGGUAUUCCCCAAGUUGCAUUUGAUACGAAACCGCAUGCGCGUCGACCGCUGCUUCGAGGACCUCGCCGCGGCAGUCGACAGCUCCUCCGCCUCGUUCCCCGCGACGGCCCCGCGCCGCGGCGUGCAGAAGGCGUGCUGA